GGUUUGCGUGUGUCGCAGCGGGGGAAAAGACAGCGCCAAAGCGCCUAUCACAGUCUCUAAAAUGGAAUUAUUCCUCUCUCUCUCGGCUCAGGUCACCUUGCCGCACCCGAACUGUCAACUUUAGGGCGUGUGAUUCGAGAGUCUUACAUCGUCGCCUCGUGUAACUGAACCCUGCCGUUUGCCAUUUCCGGGGUCUCUUUUUUUUUUCUUUUUCUUUUUUUUCUUUCCCACAUCGCGUCGAUCCCUCCGAAUACAAUCUUGACCGUAACGAACCAACACCUCCCCCUCCCACUCACCUACUACCCCUCCACCACCAAACGACCGCCAUCAUGACCGAGCCCCCUGCAAAGAAGAAGUGUCUCGGCGUCGACUGCCCCAAUGACGCCGGUUCCUUGCAAUGCCCGACAUGCUUGAAGCUGGGUGUGAAGGACAGCUUCUUCUGUUCGCAGGAUUGUUUCAAGAAGAAUUGGAGCAACCACAAGGCUAUGCACAAGACAGAAACGAGUAUUUUGCACCAUGUCCUCCCACCAAAGGUUGUUUCUAAACCAGAUCCAGAGACGGGUGUCUUCAACCCAUUCCCGACGUACCCCUUCACCGGCUCUCUGCGCCCCGUCUACCCCCUCUCCGAGCGCCGCACCGUUCCCAAGCAUAUCCCCCACCCGGACUGGUGGAAGGACGGCAUUCCCAAGUACCCCCGAAGUAUCCUCAACCGGAACAAGGUGGACAUUCUCGAUGCCAAGGGCAUCGCCGGCAUGCGCAAGGUCUGCCGCCUGGCGCGUGAGGUCCUCGACAUUGCCGCCGCCGCCGUCAAGCCCGGCAUUACGACCGACUACAUCGACGAGAUCGUGCACAAGGCCUGCAUAGAGCGCAAUGCCUACCCCUCUCCCCUGAAUUACAACCACUUCCCCAAGUCGGUGUGCACGUCGGUAAACGAAGUCAUUUGCCACGGAAUCCCCGAUCAGCGUGUCCUUCUGGACGGGGACAUUCUCAACAUCGACGUCACGCUCUACUUCGAGGGUUACCACGGCGACCUGAACGAGACGUACUACGUUGGCGACCGCGCCAAGGCAGACCCCGACUCUGUCAGGGUAGUGGAGGCGGCGCGCGAUUGCCUUGAUGCCGCCAUCGCCGAGGUCAAGCCCGGAACGCUCAUCCGUGAGUUCGGCAACAUCAUCGAGAAGAUAGCCAAGGAAAGGAACUGCAGCGUUAUCCGCACCUACUGCGGCCACGGCAUCAACUCGCUUUUCCACUGCCCUCCCAACGUCCCUCACUACGCCAAGAACAAGACGGUAGGAGAGUGCAAACCCGGCAUGACCUUCACCAUCGAGCCGAUGAUCGCCCUUGGCAAGUACCGCGACGUCACCUGGCCCGACAACUGGACCAGCACAACGAUUGACGGCAAGAAGACUGCGCAAUUUGAGCACACUCUCCUCGUGACAGAGGACGGAGUCGAGGUUCUUACAGCCAGGACUGCCAACUCGCCAGGCGGCAAGAUUCCGAUGCCCGGCACUAACGGCGAGACGACCGGCGCUACUGCAUAGACCGUUAUAUAAGCAUUAAAAUGAGAGCAUUAGCAAGCGGCAGAGGCGUUCGGUUGAUGGAAAACCGGGCGGUUAUGGGCUCAUGGGGCGAGUGCACACGGGGGG